GUGAAGAAAUCUGGUAGAAAAAGCUUUUUUUUUAAACACUGCUCGGGGAGAAGGGUCUGCACUGCGCAGGCGCGUGACGUAGCGUGCCAAGGUUUAAAAAGAGAAAUUUUCAACACCUCUUGUUUCAGUCGAAGCAAGCAGCUGAGAAGAAGGGAGUGAAGAAAUCUGGUAGAAAAAGCUUUUUUUUUAAACACUGCUCGGGGAGAAGGGUCUGCACUGUGCAGGAAACUGGCAUGAAGUCUGUGGAAUUAAGGGAGACAAGUAGUGAGAUCAUGGAAACUGUACAGAUUCAAAAGGAGGAGGUGCUUGCUGUCUUGAGGAAAAUUAAAGUGGAUAAAUCCCCGGGACCUGACAGGGUGUUCCCUCGGACCUUGAAGGAGACUAGUGUUGAAAUUGCAGGGGCCCUGGCAGAAAUCUGUCGCUGUCUACAGACCGAGACCAGAAAACAUCAGAAGAUCUGGGUUUGGAAAAUGAUCAGGAAGUUGUACUUCCUCCUGUCAGUUCUGCGUGUAACACCAGCAGCAGCCACAAAGCCAGAAGAGUGGAAAGCCAGCACUUUCAAACAUGUGAGCGCCCCAUGGGGUACGUGUGCACGGAUUCCAUGCAACUACACGUACCCAAUGCAUCUGGCCAAUAAAUCACGGACUGCAAUUUGGAUUAAUGGUAAUACCAGAAACCUGCACCCUGUAGUUUUCCACUCUGAGAACAACAGCCGAGUGUCGUUGAGGUUCCAACAUCGGGCGAAUCUGUCUGGAGACCUGAAAGACAAUGACUGCUCCCUGGUUAUAAACAACGUGGAGAAGGCAGAUGGAGGUUAUUACUAUUUCAGAAUUGAAUUUGGAAACAAGGAUAACUAUUCCUUCUUUCCUGCAACACUCCUCUCUGUUUGUAAUUACACAGAUACACCCUCGAUAUUCCCUGUUGUAUUGGAUGCAGGAAAGCCUGUGGACAUAAGCUGCACCUUCAACUUCAAGUGCAAUGGAUCGACACCCAACUUCAAGUGCAAUGGAUCGACACCCAUCUUCACUUGGCACUUCCCUGCUGGUGGCCCACUGUCAGCCCCAGCCAGUGUCGUUCUGCAAAGACACUGGACAUUUACUUCUGUUUGGACCCUGACACCAGAGCUCAAAUACCACGGGCAGAAUCUCAGCUGCAGAGUCAGAUACCCACCUGCUUCAUCAGAGCAGAUCGUCACACUAACUGUGCGGUCUCCUACCUCGGUGCAAAGCUCAGUAAUCAUUCCACUAACUACUGCUGCAGCUGUCGUCUUCCUGAUCAUUUCAUCGGCUGUGAUUGGCUUCAUCGUCAAGGCCCGAUGGAGAACAGACAGACCAGCAGAAUGUGCAUCAAGGCCGGCCUCAAAGGAGGCAUCUAGACCGGUGACAUGGAGAAAAAGACAGAUGCAAGAGGAAGUUCCAAAGUGUCCGGAAACCACACUGAAAGUGAAUGAAUAUCAAGAUAUUGACAUUUAUGCAAACUGCCAGCCCGCUGAAAGUUCCAUAUAUGGAAAUAUAUAAUCCAAUCGGGAAUGGGUAAUAGACGCACUGGGAAGAGCGCAAGGAAGGAGUUCUUGGAAUUCCAAUUUACCUUCCAAAGAGCAACAGGAAUUCACACUCCCCCAAUCAAUUCGAAAGUACUUGACGUAGACUCAAGCCAAUCCCAAAAUAUCAUCUAAUGCAGUGCCUUACUUUUGGAAGAAAUCUCCUCACCUCCCCAGUCAUUAGAGCAUAGAACAGCACUCAUAGACCUCCACUUUUCUUACAUUCAUCAUCCAUUAUUGUCCACAGGUAUCACUAGGUGUCCAUAGGUUAAACACCAACAUCCAUUCCCUUGUGUGUGAGGGAUUUCAACUUUCAAUUUGUAACCCAUGUUGCAGUCUAUGAACAUUGAGAGAUUGAUCAUUACUGAGUACAGACAUUGGGAGAAAGAGGCAAGUUUGUGUAGGGGAGAUAAAGAUAAUUUGCUAGCUGGGAUAAUUUUCUAUGUAAAACGCUUUGUUUAUUCAGCCUGAUUACAGUGGAUUCAACCCGUAUCUCAAGUUCAGCACUCCUGGGGAGCCCAAUGUUGUAUUUUCUGCAGCAAUGUGGCUCCCAAUGUCCUGCUGCAUGAGGAAGGUCUCUGAGUGAGAUGAGGCAAUGGUUGGGAAAUAAGAAACUCACCCACACGCUGCAUGGAUGACCUUCUGACAGCUGAAAGGUCUUUUCAUUGUCUCCAGUGUUUCUGAUCAACCGAACUCCAGAAAAUCAUUGCAAUAAAGAAAAGAUAUAAACAUGUCUACAAUAAACCCUCUUCAGACCGGAUUCAAUCUAAAUAAAUAAAUAAA